UGUUCUGCUCGGCGUCCAUUCAGUUUAUUGGUGUAGAUUGAUUCGUGACAGCAGCGAGAGCUUCAUUUUUCUUCCUCAAACACUCAAACAUCUACAUUCAAGAUGAAAGAUGUCAUCGGAUACCUCAAACAACAGCAGAGCAAGAGCCCGACGCCUGAGAUGGCCUCGGAGUGGCACUCACUGGAGGAUCUGUACAACAGAAAAUUGUGGCAUCAGUUGACUCUGAAGUUGACCGUCUUUGUGCUGGACCCCUAUUUCUCCAAAGGGGACACUCUCAUUCAGCUCUAUGAAAACUUCCUCAGUGAUUUCGAACACAGCUCCUCAAAGCCUGAUCUUGCAGCUCAAGAGGCCAAACUCAUGCAGAAGAUCCAGUUACUCUGUGUCAUGGAGAUGACUUUCACACGGCCAGCCAAUCACAGGCAGCUGACGUUCCAGGAAAUUGCACAGAGUGCAAAAAUCCAAGUGAAUGAGGUGGAGCUGUUGGUGAUGAAAGCUCUGUCUGUUGGACUGAUCAAGGGAAGCAUCGACGAGGUGGAGCAUAAAGUGCACAUGACUUGGGUUCAGCCCAGAGUACUGGAUGUGCAGCAGAUUAAGGGCAUGAAGGAUCGUCUGGACUUCUGGUGUGGGGAUGUUAAGAACAUGGCCAUAUUGGUGGAACACCAGGCUCAGGACAUCCUCACUUAGAAAUGUCCUUCACACUGUCUGUCCCAUCCAAAUGUUCCCUUGCGUUGCAUUCUCCCUGAGUCUUGAUUCUUUAUGUGAUAUGUGUAUCUUUAUGUCAUUAAAGCAACUUGUUUUCACA